CAGCGAAGGAGGUCUUUUCCUUUUCAGUCGUCGUCGAAAGCAGACGCUUCGGUAACUCUGCAACCAUGACUUCGAAAAUUUCUCGUGAGAUGUUUUACGAUGCUGUUAAUGCAGUACUCGAAAACUCCAAAGAAAAGAAGAGGAACUUCGUCGAAACAGUCGAGAUUCAAAUCGGUUUGAAAAACUACGACCCACAGAAGGACAAACGUUUCUCUGGCACUGUGAAACUGAAGCACAUUCCUCGCCCCAAGAUGCAAGUAUGCAUCCUUGGUGAUCAACAGCAUUGCGAUGAAGCCAAAGCUAAUAAUGUUCCAUUCAUGGAUGCUGAAGCCUUGAAGAAGUUGAACAAGAACAAAAAACUUGUCAAGAAACUAGGUAUGUCGAUGUGAUGUUUA